GUCAGAGAUAGCUGUCACCCAAAUCCUCGAUCAAACACACGGCCAGACGGCUUUUAGUGCACGUCUCAGGUCACUCUCUCCCGAAACACGCUGGAAGGGGAAAACAUAUUACCAGAAAAGCAGAGCAAACAAGAAGUGUUGUGUUACAGGAGAAUCUCGACAGUUCAGAUACACGCUGGGAAUAUCUGGAGGAAAAACUGCAGCGACUUGAGGAAACUGACGACUGCGCUUCGUCCGUGGCGAACGGCGAAAAAAGGAUUUAAUCGCAGAGAUGAAGUCAAAAAAGGGCAUGAUGAUGCUGUCGGCCAGCGAGUCGGAGGACGAGGACAGCGCUCCGUUGGACCUGUCGUCCAGCGGCGGGAAGAGGAAGCGGCGUGGGAACCUUCCCAAGGAGUCGGUGCAGAUCCUGCGGGACUGGCUGUACGAGCACCGCUACAACGCCUACCCCUCGGAGAACGAGAAGGCCCAGCUGUCCCGCCAGACGCAGCUCUCUACCCUGCAGGUGUGUAACUGGUUCAUCAAUGCCCGGCGGCGCCUGCUCCCGGAGAUGCUCCGUAAGGACGGCAAGGACCCUGACCAGUUCACCAUCUCCCGGAAGAGCUCCAAGUCCGGGGACAGCUUCUCCGACGGCUCCCAGUCGCCCAAGCCGCCCGGCACGCCGCCCAGCGCCGACGACGGUUACGACCAGCGGGUGCUGCACCCGUCCGGCUGCCACGCUGCCCUGCCGGGUGUCCUACGGAAGGCCUCUUCCCCCUCUUCUUCCUCUUCAUCAUCCUCCUCCUCCUCCUCCUCCUCUUCAUCUCCCUCCCUGCCCCUCCGGCCCUCAGUCAUCUGUCACACCACUGUCACCACGGCGAUGCAGGCCAGCAUCCCCCCCCUCGCGGUCACCACGGAGACGGACCGGGGGGCGGCAGGCGCCACGAGGUUCCAAGAGGACACGCCCCCCAGCGACGGUCAGCACCAGCACCCCUCCUCUCCCACAUCCUCCAUGACCUCCGUCGCCCUGGCCCCCGAUGUCAUCACCGCGUCCUCCAUCGCCUCCCUCCUGACCUCCAUCAGCUCCUCCCUGGAGGGCAGUCUGAGCCCCAGCAGCAGCGGGCUGUUCAACACUCCCCCUCCGACGCCCCCAGACCUCACCCAGGACUUCAGCGGCUUCCAGCUCCUGGUGGAUGUGGCCCUCAAGAGGGCCGCGGAGAUGGAGCUCCAGGCCAAGCAGCUGGUCCCCUAGACCGGCAGGAGAAGCAGGAAGAGGAGCAGGCGCUCCACCGUUCAGUGACUCGAUGGUGAGGUGGGAAGGCGGGGCCGGCCUGCGGUAAGCCCCGCCCACUUCAAGGAACCAUCCGUGGUGGAGAAGGAGGUUCCGGGUUGAACAAGAGACGUUAUUCAGGUGCCUUGGCUGUUUAUGAUUUCUUCGUGUGCAUGUUAUUUUCUACAUGCUCCAUCUUUUUGCACACAGGGACCAAAAAACAAUUGUCAGACUAACGCUGCCUGCUUUAUGUUAUUCCUUUUAAACGAUGAGAAAGGGGAGGGAGUCGGAGAUCUUAUUCCGUACCGGGAUUGGUCGAUUCCACACGUUUUCCUUUUAUUUUUUACAUUUCGUAGACCAGUUGCUGAUUGGUUGGCCCACUGAGGCAGCGAAGUUCAUCUCAGUGUCUCAGAACAAUAUUCUGCAUUUAUGACAUCACUACUGUAGUUCAUGUUAUAUAUUUUCAUAAGAAUAUCGUUAUUUUGUUGUAAUUUUUUGGAUUUUGCUUUUACAGUUUUUGCCCUUUUUAAACAACGUCUCCAUUUCCUGUUAAAGGUAAAGUUUGUUUUCCAGCAGGGAGGGGGUGUCUGACCCAGCCGUCCCUCCGCGAUGCUAAGGCCAGUCAGCCAAACACACUAAACUACAGAACUAAAUACCUUUUAUGUACAAUGUGUAUAGUUCAUGUGAUUCCAUGCCCACAGAUGUGAUUUGUUUUCAUACUGUUUGUGGCGAGAAGAGGUCACUUGCAAUUCAAAUAAAGUUUUGUUUUUUUCUAAACCU